AUGUUGGCUGCCACUGAGACACCUACUGGUACACACGAACGUGUGCAUACAUCGCUAGGAAAUGAGGACAACCCUACGUUCCGUAUCCAAGGCCGUACACAUCCGCACCAUGGACUCGGGUAUGAAUCACCUGGGACAGAGGACCGAUCGACCGAGGGGGAGAUGACUCUGUCUUCUAUUGAGGACACCCCAUCUUUCCAAGAGUUCGCACGUCAACAGGUAUUCGCCAAGCAGAACCCUCACGGGAGUGAGGCGUUGAAGAACAUGCAGGAUUGGUUAAGUACGAACUUUCGCCAACAACAGCAACGACAGUCGUUCGAGAAGGAAGCAGCCAGUGAAUAUGUACAAACGCCCAAGCGGCAGGGGAAGGAGAUACUUAUACCUCCGCCCACACCGGGCAUUGAGAAAAGCCGAUAA